AUGGGCCAAGUCGUCGGAUGGUGUCUUGGCGACGCCGAGGCCGAGGCUACCAUGCGCAAGCAGAAGCCGUCGGCGCAAACAGCUGGCGCUGAGCCGUCGGAGGUCCGCAGCAUGGGCUCGGGCGAAAUCUACCGAUCGCGACCCAAGGCGAUCCUGUCGUCCGGCCCGAUGUACGCUGUCGGCUCUUUUGACAGCAAGUACAAGCUGCUGUCUGUCAUCGGCAACGGUAGUACGUCCAUCUGCCACCUCUGCGAAGACAAGGCGACAGGUGCCAAGUACGCGUGCAAGAUCAUUGACAAGCGCGCAGUGCAAAGCAAGAGUGACGACCUUCUCGAGCAGUUUCAGCCACCCAACAUCAUCCACAUGGAGGACGUCUAUCAAACGGACAACCGCAUAUCGAUGGUCACAGAGCUUAUGGAAGGCGGCGAGCUUUUCGACUACAUUGUCAACAAGGGGACCCUCUCGGAGAUUGAAGCGAGCUGCUUGGUGCGCAAGAUCACGUCGGCGCUUGCCUAUAUGCACGCUUGCGGCGUCGUUCACCGGGAUCUCAAGCCAGAAAAUUUGUUGCUGACGAGCAAGUCGCCCAACGCUGAGGUCAAGAUUAUUGACUUUGGCCUGGCCAAGCUACUGCACGAUAACCAGACGCGCUCGUUCUUGGGCACAAGAGGCUACCUUGCGCCCGAGAUGCUGCGGCGCCAGAGCUACAGCAAGUCAGUGGACGUUUGGGCCCUCGGUGUUAUCGUGUACGUGCUGCUCUGCGGCUGUCUCCCGUUCAACGAUGACGGAAGCAAGAUCAACAGCGACAAGGCUGCUCGCGCCAAGUUUGGCUUACGUUUCCCUCGCUGGUCCAGUGGGCUCUCGGACAGUGCCAAGGACCUCCUGCACCACCUUUUAGAGGUUGACUCGGAGAAGCGCUACACCGCCGAACAAGCUUGCUUGCACCCGUGGGUGACAGGUCAGCGCACACCCAAUAAGUACCUCGAAUCACCGAACCACCUCAAGUCGAUUCGCCUCCGCCGCAAGGUGGCAAAUGAUGAAAAAACCAUUAGCGGCCGCCGCCUGUCGCACUAA